CCGGGGCGGGGGCGGCCGGCGGCGCAUGCGCGCUGCAUUGUUUUGACUGAAAAUGCCGUCGGUUUCGAAAGCGGCGGCGGCGGCGCUGAGCGGGUCCCCCCCGCAGACCGAGAAGCCGACCCACUACAGGUAUCUAAAGGAGUUUAGGACAGAGCAGUGCGCCCUGUUUUUGCAGCACAAGUGCACCCAGCACAGGCCAUUUACCUGUUUCCAUUGGCAUUUCCUAAAUCAGCGUCGCCGCAGACCCCUCCGCAGGCGCGAUGGCACCUUCAACUACAGCCCGGACGUGUACUGCUCCAAGUACGACGAGGCCACCGGCGUGUGCCCCGACGGCGACGAGUGCCCCUGCCUGCACCGCACGGCCGGGGACACGGAGCGCAAGUACCACCUGCGCUACUACAAGACGGGCACCUGCAUCCACGAGACAGACGCGCGCGGCCACUGCGUGAAGAACGGGCUGCACUGUGCCUUCGCCCACGGCCCCCUGGACCUGCGGCCGCCCGUGUGCGACGUCCGGGAGCUGCAGGCCCAGGACGCCUUCCAGAACGGCCAGCUCGGCGGCGGGGACGGUGGCCCUGACCUGCAGCCCGGGGUCCUGGCCAGCCAGGCCAUGAUCGAGAAGAUCCUGGGUGAGGACCCCCGGUGGCAAGACUCCACCUUCGUGCUGGGCAGCUACAAGACAGAGCAGUGCCCGAAGCCGCCGCGCCUGUGCCGCCAGGGCUACGCCUGCCCGCACUUCCACAGCAGCAGGGACAGGCGGCGGAACCCCAGGAGGUUCCAGUACAGGUCCACGCCCUGCCCCAGCGUGAAGCGCGGGGACGAGUGGGGGGAGCCCUCGCGCUGUGACGGCGGUGACAGCUGCCAGUACUGCCAUUCGCGCACGGAGCAGCAGUUCCACCCCGAGAUCUACAAAUCCACGAAGUGCAACGACAUGCGUCAGACCGGGCACUGCCCGCGCGGCCCGUUCUGUGCCUUCGCGCACGCCGAAAAAGGCCUCGGGGCCGUGAGCGACUGGGCCGGCCGCGACCUCGGCUCCACCAACAGCUCCUCGGCCGGCAGCGGCCAACCCGGAAACGCAAAGCAGAGAGACUCGCCUGCGGAAGGCGGCCAGAGAGCCGGUGGGCAGGACCUGCAGAACCACCUCGCUGUGUUCGCCGUGGUCCACCCGCUGGCUCCCAGCGUGAGCUCCAGUGUGGCGUCCAGCCUGGCGUCCAGCGCGGGCUCAGGCAGCUCCUCCCCCACCGCUCUGCCCGCCCUGCCCGCCCGCAGCCUCCCGCUGGGCCCGGCCAGCAGUGCCGCUGAGGCCGUGCUAGGUCCGGCGUUAGACCUUCAUCUUAGCAACGUGAACAUCGCGUCCCUGGAGAAGGACCUGGAGGAGCGCGACGGCCGCACCCUCGGGCCAGCAGGUGCGAGGUCACUGGAAGGCUCGGCGCCCGUCACCAUCCCAGGCUCGCUGCCCCGCUCACCGUCCCUGCACUCCACGUCCUCCCUGUCCACCUCGCCACUCAGCUCGCUCUCCCAGUCCCUGCCGGGGCCGCUGGUCUCCACGGCCAUGACACCCCCCCAGCAGCCGCCACCCCUCCGCUCGGAGCCGGGCGCUCUGGGCUCCUCGGCCUCCUCCUACAGCUCCUUAGGUUUGAAUGGUGUCCCCGGGAGCAUCUGGGACUUUGUUUCCGGCAGCUUCUCUCCCAGCCCGUCCCCCGUCCUGAACACCGGCCCCUCGUCCUUGAGCGCAAGUCCCAACGGUGCCGAGCUGGCCCGAGUCCGGCGGCAGCUGGAUGAGGCCAAGAGGAAGAUCCGGCAGUGGGAGGAGUCCUGGCGGCAGGUGAAGCAGGCCUGUGACGCGUGGCAGCGGGAGGCUCAGGAGGCCAGGGAGCGCGCCCGCACGGCGGACGGCGACCGGCAGCUGGCGCUGCGGAGGAAGGAGGAGGUGGAGGCCCAGGUCCGGCAGCUGCAGGAGGAGCUCGAGGGCCUGGGCCUGUCCUCGCUGCCCGGGCUGCGGAGCUUUGGCGACGUCGGCACCCUCGCUCUGCCGGAGCUGCACUCCCUGCAGAGCCAGCUGCGCCUGGAUCUGGAAGCGGUGGACGGGGUGAUCUUCCAGCUGCUCGCCAAGCAGUGCGGAGCCUGCCGGGAGCAGCCCCGAGGCGCUGUCUUGCAGCCGUGCCAGCACCGUGUGCUCUGUGAGCCGUGUGCGGCCAGUGCGCCCGAGUGCCCCUACUGCGAGGGCCGGCCCCUGCAGUGGUGACCCCGCUGGGGGACACAUUGCUGGGCUCGGAGGCUUCAGCGGUCCCCGUGCAUGUGGCCGCUUCGUCACUCACCCCUGGAGCCGAUGUCAGAGCCCCUCCGCCCUCCGUGGUGUUUCCACCGGUCCCGCCCUACCGACGGUUUCAAGGUAUUCUCCUCGGAAACCUUCACAGCAGAGCCACGGCCCCCGCCCGCCUGUCCCCAGGAGCACUGUCGCCUUGGCGGUCUGGGUGGCCCCUGCACUGCUGUGACCAGGCCACUGCGUCAAAGCACUUUGUAACGUGAGAGAUUUAGUUAGAUGUUGCCAGUUGCUCUAAGCUGCUUUCUCAGUUGGUGUUUUGGAUACGCGGUGACACGAGGCUUUGUGUGUGUGAACCUGGCGCUUCCGCCGGCUGCUCACGCACCGUGUGCUGAACCUGAGAGUUCGUAUCUGAGACCGGCACUUAAAUGAGCAUUUACCUAGCAACGAGACCUAGGAUUUUUACUGUUUUCAAAUUAAGUGCAAACAAGUAGUAUUUAUAAGCAGAGAGUGAUUAUUGAAAGACAGACACAUAGACAUGUAGAUGUUUUUAAUUUUAUGAAAGGAACUAAUUUUCCUAAACGUGCACGUGCAGUUGGAGUUCUAUAUUCGUGUCCUGGGGUGACGCUGGGCACUGUCACGUGUCUGUGAUCCGUGGCCACUCUAAGUGCCUGUGCCUUGCAAGAGAAGUGAAGGGACAAUUCAUCUGGUUUUGUCUUAUCCCUGAGACCGGAAAGACAAGCUGAUACUCAUGAAAAAUGCAAACAAGGCAUCAGAUUUUAGAGGUUUUUAAAAUUUCUAAGGAGCGGUGUUCAGACUGGUUGCCGAGAUCGUGGUGGCAGUGGUGCUUUGUGAUUUCUCACGCCACUGGGCCUCCAGCUCACGCAGGGGGCGGCGCUGCUGCUGCGAGGGGCUCGCGAGGCGCGUUCUGGGGUCGGGGUGAGGGUCUGAGCCGGCACUGUCGCCUGGUCUGAACGCCGAGUUGCUCCCAGCUCAGCCACGUGACGGAGGUGGGACAGGACCAGGCUGCAGGGCCUCGGUGACUUGGAGCAGGGGUGGCCAGGCUCCCUCUGUCCGUCCACCCAGCCCCUGCCUGCAGCGGAAACGCUCCUCAGAACGUGUCUCGGGCGGUGACAUGAACCUCUCUGGUCAGGAGUGGGACUUUUCCUGGACCCCCGGGGAGGAGGGACGGCUGUCCCUGCUUGGCCAGGGCUGGCGCUCCACGAGGCAGGUCCGACUGCCGCGAGGGUGCAUGAGGAGGGGCAGGCUCCAGCCCCCUGGGCCGGAAGGGAACAGCGACACGCUUCUGCUGACCCGUGGCUUUGCCAAAGACUUUUAAUAGCAUUUUUUAAAAUGCAAAGUGACUAGGUAAAGAUUUUUAUCCAUGACCAAAUUAGAAUGUAUUUAACAUAGGAGUUUUAGGGACACUUUUUAAUGUAAAACAAACUGAUAGCAAAGUUUUAUCAUUUUGAAGGGAGUGGACCCAUGACAGUCUGCCGCUAGUCUGCUAUUAAAGGUAACUAUUGACUUGGUUUUAGUGAAUCUAUUGUUUUUAAUUACAGUGAUAAUGAUUUAUUAGCUUAGUACCUAGAAAUUACAUAUAUUUUGUGCUACUGUUAUCACUGUUUAAAGUUAUUUUUAUUAUUUAUGUACUUGUUUCCCACUUCAAGCCUUUGGUCUUUGUUGGGAAUGACGGGACGAUGUUUAUUACUGAUGUCUCGCCUAGACAUUUUCAAAUUAUAAAUAAUUAAGGACAAUUAAGCUUUAGGUCUGUUUAUAAGCUACUCUGGUCAGUUCUUUCUGUGGAAUCUGGCUGGUCUCCGGAGUGUGUCUCCAGGACACAUGCUGGGGGUGGUGGCGGCUGGGAGACGGGGGUGGCACAGGCCUCCCUGUGCACACGCUGCUCUCAGGGCAGGGUCGGCGGUGGGGACGGCUGUGCGGUGGGAAGACCAAAGAACUGCCCAGGAGGGGAACUCCGAGGCACACGGCACUGUCAGGCAGUGACAGCGGCAGACCUGGGGGACUGCCCAGGCCUCUGGGAUAGAGCCCAGGUGACCGAAGUGGGCGAACUUCCCCCUCCCUUGGCCUCAGAGGCCGAACCGCAAGGGUCGGGUGGGGAAGUUCCAGGUGCAGGUGCUGCCGCAGCACUGUGCUGCUCACGCCUGGUGCUUGUUGCCUGUUGUCUGUCAACCGUGUUAAGUACCGGCGGGAACAGUAGAGCAGCACGACGUUCGUGUGACUGGUCAGCAGUUGUUCUUCGUUCAAUGUGGACGCUUCAUGUGGAUUAAUUUAUAGAAGCCCCAAUAUGUUGUUGAGUAUUUAGAUGAGAAUGUUAUUUGAAUGGAAUUUUCUUAACCAAGAAGGUAGUAUUUAAUCAUUUACUUGUAGUGAAUUGUUUAAAGUUAACACUUGUUUAAGUUUUUUACACUAUAACAUUUAUGCAAUGGUUUACAGAAGUCAUGGAAUUAUUUUUAUCAGUAUGAGAAUUAAUUAAACCUCUGAAUCUUUA